GGCUGUGGCCACAAACAGAGCACAGGGAGUGCAGCAGCCUGCAAGUCAGAUGGCUGAGAGAAAGAGAAAACAUCACUUGUGGCUGAUUCAGCGCUAGAUGACAGAUUGGGGGGGGGAAAUGUAGACAGGAGUGACAGCAUCUCGCUGUUAGGUUAGCUUGUGUCAGACUGUCUGUGGCCCUGCACGCAGCACAGACACAGACACACAGGGCCAUCAAUGGAACUGUCAAAUGAUCCAAGGUCGAGGGGGCAUGAGGAGGUUCCCCCAGGCCUGCUUUCUGAUCUGUCCCACGUGAAAAACAGCAGCUUCAGUGCUGCCCAACAACAGGGCUACUCUGCAACCAUCUUUCUGCGCCGCAAAGACAAACUGGAGAAGACACAGCAGAAGUGCAUCGCCAUCUUCGCCCUGCUGUGCUGCUUUGCUGUGCUACUGGUGCUGAUCUUCUCUUCCGUGGACGUUUGGGGGGAUAGCGAGGAUGGAAUCACGGAGGAGAACUGUCGCACCGACUGCCGCAUUGUCCUUAUGGAGACAAUCCCAGCAGAUCUUAAUCAGCACAUGGGACCACACCUCCCACUCUCAGAUGGCUUUCACACCCUGCUGGACCAAGCAAAGCACUCGGUCCAGGUGGUGUCACCGGUCUGGAACCUGAGGCCCUGGGACCCGGAAACUAUGCCAAGUACAGCCAAACAGGGUCAACAUUUAUUUCAGAGAUUGCUCAGUUUGAAAUCUCGUGGAGUCAAACUCAAGAUUGCCAGCAGUCUGACCAACUCUGCAGAACAGACGAUUCUGGCGGCACACAGUGCAGAGGUCCAUAUAGUGAACAUGACAGCUUUUACCAGAGGGGGACUCCAUUCCUCGUUCUGGAUCGUGGACCGAACACACUUUUAUGUCGGGAGCGCUGACAUGGACUGGAGGUCAUUCUCGAAGAGGAAGGAGCUGGGUCUGAUGGUCUAUAAUUGCAGCUGCCUGGCGCUGGACCUCCACAGAGUCUUUUCUUUUUACUGGCAGCUCCAUGAGAGGGACUAUAUCCCCUCCAUCUGGUCUAAGAGAGUUACAGCCCUCUAUGGGAGACACCAGGCCCUGGAACUACAACUCAACAAUACACCUGCGGCUGCAUAUAUGUCCUCCUCCCCUGAUCUCUUCUGUGCUAGAGAUCGCACCAGAGACGUGGAUGCCAUUUAUCAUGUCAUGCAGACUGCCAAGACAUUCGUCUUCAUUUCCGUGACGGACUACCUCCCUGUGGUGAGCAGGCGCUUCAGAGGAACCUUGAUCACCAGGUACUGGUCACACCUUGAUGAGAUGAUUAGAGAGGCUGUGGUUCUGAGAGGGGUCAAAGUUCGCCUACUGAUAAGCUUCUGGAAGAACACUCACCAGCUCACCUUUAACUUUGCCACCUCUCUCAAGUCGCUGUGCAUGCACCUGUACAACUGUUCUCUAGAAGUGAGGUUUUUCAGUCACAAGCAGCAGAUGGACGACAUUCAACAUGGACUUAAUCACAACAAGUACAUGGUGACCGACAAUGCUCUUUACGUUGGGAACCACGACUGGGUUGGAAAUGAUUUUUCCGAUAAUGGCGGAGUUGGGCUGGUGGUCCAGAUGAAAAACGAGGGAGGGAAGCUCGUGAAACAAGUGAAAGCUGCCUUUGAAAGAGACUGGAUGUCGCCUUAUUCCAGACGCUUGCUAGGAAACAAAGAUCAAGACGGCAAAUACAGAAAUCCGCACCAAGUGGAGACUAUAAAGGAACAUGAAUGGAAUGACCCUUUAGCUUUAUAAACAAUGUCUACAUUUCUACAACUUAUAUUUAAUGUGCACAUUAUUCGAGUUUAUAUAUCUGCAGUAUGCACUACUAGAAAUGGAUUAUACUUGACUUUGAUUUUCUAACGUUAACUAGUAUGUAAUCAUCUAGUUGUUGACAGUCAUAUAGGAAUGCAAUGCUGCAUGAAUAUAGAUAUAUGGCAUACAGCACAGAUGUGGACUCAAGUCACGCGAGGACUUGAGUCAGACUCAAUUCACAAUUUUGGUGACUUUGGACUCCACUUGACAAUACCAUCAAAGACUCGGACAUCGACGACUCCGAACUCGAUUUGCACUUUAAUCCGAUGACUUGAAAAUACUUGAGACUUUGUGUGAACGUGUGGAGUAAAAUGUGGCCCCGUUCAAAGCAUUCCACUAACGUGAUUGCUAUUAUGUCAUUUUCGGCAAGACAUCCCAACAGCAGUUAUCUGUCUCACUUUACACAUUCAGAAAUGAAAACAGAGAAGCAACUGAAACCCCACUUGGCGACGGAGGCAAGGAAAAAAUCCCUCUGGGGAAGAAACCUUUGAACAGAACCCAGGCUCUGUGGGGCGACCGGUCUGUCUUGACCGGUUGGGUUAAGAUAUAAAAAUAGAGUAGAGGGAUAGAUGGUAGAUCAAGCCAGAAGUCUUAGCCCAAGGAACAUACUGUAGAGGAAUGUCUGUGAUACAUAUCAGGGCAUCAGGGCUCACUUCUAACUAUAUGCUUUAGCGAAGAGGUAGGUUUUGGGUUUGAGUUUGAGUUUUGCUCUGUCAGCACUCUUUUUAUGUGACUGAGUCUUGUCACGCUGGUCUCAUUUUAUUUUUAAAAAUAAAACAAUUGAAAAUGCAUUCAUUGUAUCUGUCAAAUGUAAUAGAUUGUUACAUUGUUAAAAUGGCAUUUGAUUUGGGAGACACUAAACAGUGCUUACGACUUGUAAGGACUUGAACAUUUCAAGCCUGUGACUUGGACUUGCAUGUCUUUACUUGAGACUUGACUCGAGACUUGAGAUUAAAGACUUGAGACCUGCAAAACACUGACAUGCUCCCACCUCUGGUAUACAAUAUAGUAUAAUGUGGAUAUGCAAGCCAAUAUAUGGAAUAUUCAGCCAACAAUAUACCUGUAUACAACUAAUGUACAAGUACCAAUACAGUGUUUCCUCGUUUACUAUGUGGGAUAGGUUCCCAAAAUAGCCUGCAAUGAGUGGAAUCCACGAAGUAGACAACUUUUCUUUUUUUUUUUACAAUGAUAUAUAUGUUUUAAGACUGUAAAAUCCCUCACCAUACACUUCAUACACUUUUCUCAGACAGGCAUUAACAUUUGCUCACAUAUCUCUUGUUUAAACUCUCAAAAUUCAAAUUUAGUUUUAAUUUUAAUGAUCAACCUACAAGGUUGGACACAAGAAAUUAAUAAGUGACUCAUAUGUAUUUCACUCCUACGACCUGCCUCUUCGUCCUGCUGCCAUUUGGCUGUACUGUAGCGUUUUUGUAUCCUUGUUCAAACAUAUUGCUAAUGUCGUCAUAUUUUACUCCUCCCUCUCGUCCUCCAUGAACCCAAGAUUCAUUUACAGUAUUCUUCUUCUUCUUAUUAUUAUUAUUAUUCAAAUAGCUAGCGAUCAUACGACAUCCAGCUACACAUACUGAGACGAGGUGAAGGGAGGACAUCUUUAGUCCGACUACACACACGUCUUCAACUCUCACAUGAGUAUAGUACAACACCCUCUACUGGUAGCAAUAGUAAAUACAAUAACAGACACAUACAACAGAGCACCGAUAAAUCGCUCUAAUACACCACAAAGACGCAGAACACAAUGCGCGUUCAAAAACAUGCAAAGUUGCACUUUUUAACAGCGGGUCCGCGAAAGGUGAACGAGGUGUAGCGAGGGAACACUGUACAAGUCAAAGCUUCUUCUGUAUGUGACUGUUGGAUUGAUAAAGUGAGAAAAAAACAAUCAAACUCAGUUGACGCUUGUCUUGUUUGGUUCAGUUAAAGCAAACUCUGGGCUGUUUGAUCUGCUCGUGCGGUCCGAACCCCGGUGUGCGCCAUACAAGCGGACCGAGACGACUUGAGAGAUGGGUUUCGGUCCACUUGUAAGUGAGCUCCAGUGCAGUUGAGCGCAAAUGUGAACGCUGCACGAAUCAAAGAGGUUUCAAAUGACAGCAAAAAGUAUGGAGAAAUUACAAAUAUGACACUGCUCUCCUCCGCUAACCUAGCAUGACUGUUUUUGGAAUGUGUACCCGGAGAAAGCCCACGCACAAACAGGGAGAACAUGCAAACUCCACUUCUCCAUCUUCACGAUCUCCUGACUGUGUGGCCAACAUGCAAUAAUACAUAAUAAUAACAAUUAUUAUCAUUAUGCAUAACAAGAUAAUAAGUCCAGUCAUGUGUGUGUUUUUAUCGCUCCCUGCCUGUUGUGUUGAAAAGCCGCAUGGCGCGGGGAAGGAAUGACCUGCUCAUUCUAUCAGGGGAGCAGGGCAGUGAUAGUAAUCUGCCACUGCUCUUCUGUUGGGAGAUGAUGCUGUGCAUUGGAUGCUUUUGCACAAUAUUGUAAUUUAUUGACAUGCACUGAUAUACCCGUGCGUUGAGGCUCAAAUAACCAUGACAGCACUUGUAAAAGCUCUUGCUUUACAUGAACGCUGCAAAGAUACUGUGUAUUAUAAAUCUGCAGAGGCAUCUGGUGGCAAAACCAUCCACUGCAUCCAUCGUGUGCACCAGAAAUGUGUGUCUACGGCAGAAUAUCGGGAAUGCA